AUGAGGAUGAAAAUUGCAAUUUCUAUUGCUAAUGGCCUUGCAUUUUUACAUGAAGAAGCUUCAAAACCAUUAAUACUCCAUGAUUUUAAGACAUCUAAGGUUCUAUUGGAUAGGGAUGGUAACGCAAAACUUUGGGAUUUUGUUCUUGUGAGAGAAAUUCAUGUGACAUCUAAAAAUAUUGUUGAGGCAGGACACAUUACUUCCGAGAGCAAUGUUUAUACCUUUGGGAUUGUUCUACUUGAAAUGCUAACAGGAAGAAGAGCUUUGGAUCAAGGAAUGGCAAUAGAAGAACAAAACUUGAUAGAAUGGUUAAGACCUCAUCUUAAAAACAAAGCAAGUUUUCAUUAUUUAAUGGAUCCUAGACUUGAAGGUCAAUACCCAACAAAAUGUGCUCAUAGGACAAUGAGAUUAGCUACUCAUUGUCUUCGCCAAGACCCAAAAGCAAGACCUGUUAUGAGUGAAGUAGUUUAUAAAUUGAAGUAUUUGCAUGAUGACAUGGUUCAUGAGCUUGGUCCUUCCAACCAUUGUAGUGUUAAUAAGUAUGGUCUUGGAAUAGGUUCAUCACCAAAUGUUUUAAGGUGCUUUCAAGCCUCGCCACAGUGUCAAUAUUAUCCUCUACCUCUACCACCAAAUCCUAAUGUUGGAUCUUCAUACAAAUUCUAA